AUGUCCAAAGAGGAAAUCCAAAAGCGGCUCUCCCUGCCGGCCGACCUGAGAUUACCCGUAUCGGUGCUCGAGAAGCUGAACAAGACCCCGUUGGACCAGCCGUUGACGCGGAAAAAUCGGAGAGCAAGUUUGAGCGAAAUCGGGUUCGGCAAACUAGAAACGUACGAGCGGUUGGAACGACUCGGCGAGGGCACCUACGCCACCGUAAUCAAGGGACGAAGCUUGUUGACGAAUAAAUUUGUCGCAUUAAAGGAAAUUCGGUUAGAGCAAGAGGAGGGCGCACCGUGCACCGCCAUCCGAGAAGUCUCCCUGCUGAGGAAUUUACGCCAUGCUAAUGUGGUAACCCUGCACGACAUCAUCCAUACGGAUCGCCUACUGACGCUGGUAUUUGAAUACGUGGAACGGGACCUGAAACAGUAUAUGGACGGCAUUAACGAUCGAUACUGCAUGAAUUUGAAGAAUAUUCGGUUAUUCCUAUUCCAACUUCUGCGGGGCCUCGCCUACUGUCACGCAAGGAAGGUGUUGCACCGAGAUUUGAAACCUCAGAAUUUGCUGGUGACUGCAAGAGGCGAGUUGAAGCUGGCCGACUUCGGGCUGGCUCGGGCCAAGAGCGUCCCGACAAAAACGUACUCGAACGAGGUGGUGACGCUGUGGUAUCGGCCGCCGGAUGUGUUGUUAGGCUCAACCGACUACUCGACGCACAUCGACAUGUGGGGCGUUGGCUGUAUUCUCUACGAAAUGGCCAAAAUGCGACCACUUUUCACGUCGGUCUCCCGGGACGAGCAGCUGAGUUUCAUCUUCAGAACGCUCGGCAGCCCGGAGCCGGAUCGCCAUCCCACCAUCUGCAAAUCCCCGGAUUAUGGCACUUUUGCUCGGCAGUGGACGACGAGUCGGUGCUCACCGUACCAGGGGUUAAGCUGGAGUACGAGCGGUCGGAUGACGUGCGAA